AUUAAGCGCCAUAUUUGAUUUUUUUAAUCUUCAAAAUUCGAUGCAGUUUGGAGCUGAAAGUCCCAUCAUUGAGACAGGACUGGGUGUAAAAUGGACACAGAAGAUUAUCUUAUAACUUACUUAAAACCACAAGAACUUAACAGUUCCCUGUAAAAGUCAAGAUGUCUGGGCCAAUACUAUACAAAGACAUUGAAUUCAGCUCUCCUGUGCAAUGCCUGGAUAUAACACACAAGCCCUCAUCUCAUGGAUAUUUUGCGCUAAAGACUAAAAUCCAGAAAAGUCCUCCGGGAUGGUUGCAAGAGUUCCUAGACUUGGGUGGGUUGGAGUCGUUGUUGGAAGCUCUGGUGCAGCUGAGUCAGAAGUCAUUUUCAUCCAUCAAUGAUGCUGUGUUGCAAGUUGAUUGUAGCACAUGUGUGCGACGGAUCCUGGACACGUCCACAGGGAUGGAUUUUAUGAUGAGGGAAUAUCCAGAGGCAGUUGAUCAGAUAGUUUUAGGUUUGAACACUGCCAACACAAAUGCCAAGAAGAACCUGAUAGAGAUAAUGACAGCACUAUGUGGUUACUCACAGACUGGACACACGCUUGUCAUGGGUGCACUGGACAAAUAUCAGAAUACUAUACCACAGACCAGUAAGUUUAGUGUUAUCGUGAAUGAAGCCAAGAUUGCGGACAAUGUGCAGUAUAGGACAAAGCUGGUGUCUCUGAUCAAUGCUAUCAUUAACUUCACUGAGGAUAAAAAGCAAAAGAAUAGGACCAGAGACCAAUUUAUAGGUUUGGGUCUGUUAGAUGUUCUGGACUUCAUGCGAAAGGCAGACAAAGAUGGAGACCUUGCCAUUCAGUUACAGGUGUUUGAUGAAGGCAGACAUGAGGCCCUGAUGCAUGAGGAAUCUCCCAUAGACAUCAGUGACCCACAACAGCUAUUUAAUGCUACAUUGCAACAGGUGACUGGGACGCCAAACUACGCAGAUUUUACUCACACUAUGCAGUGUCUACACCUAUUGAGCACCUCUGGAAACAGCCCUGAUAUUUGGAAGGCAAUACACCAGCUGAUCAGUCAAAUCUCAAACUUCCCCGAAAAAUCUUCAUUCCUACUAGAGCACCUACAAGAUAUCCUUACAAGAGACCCCUACACAAAAAUUCAACCAACACAGCUGAAUAAAGAUAAGUCUCAUAAUACAAGCCAGUAUGAUAAUGCCUCUAAGGGGUCUUCUCCAUCAAAGAAUGUUCCAAAGAGAGUGGACAGUUAUGAAUGUGUUAAGCGACAUGUGAAGGAUGCAAAGAUAAAACAAGAGGACGUUCCUGUUAAAAUCAGGUACCUACCACAGAGAGCAGCUAGAGAGGCUGCCAAUGCUAAACUCCUUGUAAAUGGCACCAAAUCCAGGUCUUGUAAUCUUAGACCUCUCAAGUGGGUGAAGUUACAUAACAACCUGCCCCAGAAAGGCACAGUGUGGGACCAGUCUGACAGUACUAGAGACCCAGCAUUGCCGAUAGAUGACAAACAGCUUGAAAAACUCUUCCAAGUCAACCCGAGUGAGAAGCAAAAGUGUACAAUAUUGGAACCAAAGGAAUCCACACCUCUGAUGGUAUGCCUAAGUCUGCUAGGCUCUAGUGGGAGAGACCUCAUUGAAAAACUGCAAGACCGCUGCGGUGAAUCCCAAGAACAAAUCGUCACCUUGAAGAAACUCAUUCCAUCUCCAGAUGAGAUGAUGUCUUUGAAACAGUUCAAAGGUGACACAACGAAAUUGAAUCUCUCUGAAAGAUUUCUUCUCGAACUUGCCGAGACCCCCGAUUACAAUCUACUGAUAGAUGGCAGUGUGUUCAAGUUGCAGUAUCCAAUCAGAUUGAACAAGCUGAAUCGUUCUUUUAAUGCGAUCAUUGAAGCGUCUCAGGAUAUUAUGACCAAUGGAAACUUAAAGCAGUUCAUAAAGCUUGUCCAGGAAGCUGGGAACAAACUGAACGAGAAAUCCCAUCUUGGCCAUGCAGAAAAGUUCAAACUCACCAGUCUGGCAGAGUUGAUCCAUACACAUUCUAAUGAGCCUAAUAUAAGCCUGUUGCACCACCUGGUGGAGAGAUGUGACACUAAGGAUGAGGAGUUGCUGUUGUUUGCGAAUGAACUUGAGGGUCUGGAAGUGGCCUCAAGGUUCUCGCUGGAGACUCUAAGAGAUGAAUUCAAUGAACUGAAUGCAGAGUUCCACAAACAAAUCUUACAACCUUUAACCAAUGCAACUCCCAAAACCAGGGAGGCCUUUGAGCAGUUCGUAGAGGACAUAAAACGCGACUUCAAUUGUCUACAGUCUCUCGUAAGCCAAGUAAAGACAUGUACACAACAAUUGGCAGGUUAUCUUGGAGAGACAGAGGAACAGUUUAACAUGCAGGAGAUCUUGAAGGUUUUACAUAAACUAUGCGAGGAUGUCACUAGGUGCAGAAAGGAGAACUACAUGUACCACAGCCAGCAACAACUAAGCCAAAACAGAAGAAGUGAGAUAGAAUGUGGAAUAUCUGAGACAAGGUUUUCUAAUAUAUUUGGAAAAGCCGCAGGUGCCAACUCUACUGUUGUGCAGCAUGAUACGGGAGUCUUAGAGAAGAUUAUUGAAGACAUACAUGCUGGCAACUUUACAACGUACACUGCCAAGCAGGACUGCCAGGUGUCCGUAAACAACCCUCACAUAAUGAGUGCUAUCCUAGCAGAUGAGGAGACCCUUGGAAGUGAUGAAGAAUCAAUCACAGAGGCUAGCUUUAACACAGGAGAUCCUGCACCUUCUGAAGUUAACCCAAACCCUAUUGAAGAUGCCCCUAAGAUGUUAACCGUUGAGGAUUUGAUAUCAGUUGGACCAGCUAUCAAAAUCCAUAAGGCAUUCCCUAAGCCAACAAUUAACAAGGUGCAGCCCAUUCAUAAAGGGACACAACCUGGUAAAGGAGCACCAAAUAAAGAGGUUCACACCAAGCAGGAGGUUCAAGUGGCAAGUGCUAUUCCAAGCAGAGUCACUAGAGCCUUGGCACGUGAAGCAGCAUUUCAAGUCCCAUCUAAGAGUAAACCAACUCAAAUCAAGCCCCCUGCAGAGAAACCUAAGAAGAACAUACCAAAGGGGAAAGAUAAGGAAAAUGAGAUUGGAAAGGAAGCUGAUGUGGGGAAGAAGACCAGUGCAGUUGUUCCAGAUGCUGCUAGGUUUCCAGUGAGGGAGAAGGACAUGCCUCAAGUAACACGCCUCCCAUCAUAUGGUACUCUCACUAAAGUCACGCGGCUGCCUGCCUACUCAAAGGCUACUACUAAUACAACACUACGAAGCAGCAUAGGGCUGCGGAGCAGCACCAGGACUGCAGCCCAAAAUGGAACUACCAACCCACCAGUAGUACAAACUGGGAAACAGAAAUGUGCUACAGUGAAACCAACUAGUAGUAUUCCAACUACUGGGCAACCAACUAGUAGCAUUCCCAUUAAAGGGCAACCAACUAGUAGCAUUCCCAUUAAAGGGCAACCAACUAGUAGUAUUCCCACUAAAGGACCAGCUCAAAGUACAAGAGCAUCCCUAGCCUCUAAACUAAAACCCCCACAAUUGAAUCCCAGUGCAAAAGAGCCUCCCGCUCCAACUAGACGUAUGCAAUUUCCUAAAGCUGGACUAAAACCAAAAGUUACCCCUAUAUUGUCUGAGCCUACAUGUGAAGGCACCCCAGCUUACUCCUCCAGUGUACAAUCCAGCUUUGCGAAGAAGUAUACUUCAGAGCAUCAAACCCAUGUUGUCAUAAAGCGUGAACUUCGUACUUCUAACAUUGCCACGAACAUGUCUCAGCUAUCAUCAAAAUCUGCCCAUAUUCCUACCAUCACAAAUCACAUACCAACAGUUUCUACGCAAGUGGCCAAAUUCCCUGUUCACCCAGAAGAAACAGCUGGGACCCAACCAUUUUCAGUAACGAAACAUCCUGAGGGAAUAACAAGGACACCACCAUUCCCAGUAUCGCAGGGUUUUGAAAGAGUGGCAGGGACGCAACCAUGUAGGCUGUCUGAUGAGUUCAAGUAUGCUGACCACAGUAGUUACACUGAUGACUCUGGAGCUUUCUUCAGUCCAGACAUACCAGAUAAUGUUCUACGCAGUAAGUCUCCUGAUCUCGUGUUAGCGAAUAGAAACACACAAAAUCAUCGCCGUAGUUUAAGUGAUGUUGAUGUAUCACCAAUACGCAUAAGUGGGACUGUAAAACCCGAGAGUCAGUCCCCAUUAGGACCCCUUGUACUAGAAAACAAAGGUCGGGCUUUGAGCCAGGAAGAUAUUUUGGAUAUCUCCACGAAUCAAGACAAGAUGCAAACACAUGUAUCCUUUGAAAAUAAUGAUAAAGAAAAUAUUGAAAAACCUGAACGAUUUGAACGGAAAUCGUCAGGACGCGGAUCGAAAUUGAUGCGCAUGUUUAAAGGACUGCGACAGAGAAAUUCUAACCAUGAAGCAGAGACUAUCAAGUUUGAGCCAAAACGAACGAGAGCCAGAUAUCUAGGAGGUACCAAAGAGGUCAUGAUGUCAACUCCAUAUGCUGCAGAAGAAAAGGUUGCUGCUCGUGCUCUGCGAUCUCGUGAAAUACGUUCUGGGCUUAAACCCAUGUACAUUAAAAAUGAAGCCAAGUAAUAUUGGUCAUAACUAAUUUUGUUCAUAAAUCAGUUCAUCAUUUUUGGGCCAUAUACAAUAAAUUGUUUUAUACAUAACAGUGAUUAAAUUCAUUUUAAGGCCAUCAUAUGAAAAAUGAAAUAGGAUAUUUGCCCAUCAUAAAUUGAAUCAUGCAACCAAAGUGAUUAUAUAAAAUAACUUCUAUGUUGUAUCAAUAGUAUAAAUGUAAUGUAGUUACAACGAAGAUAGUUGAAAAUGCUUAUUUCAUGAACGUAUAAAGUGUAUGGCAAAUUCCAUGUACAGUAAUAGUGUAUGGCAAAUUCCAUGUACAGUAAUAGUGUAUGGCAAAUUACAUGUACAGUAAUAGUGUGGCAAAUUCUAUGUA